AUGGCCGUAGAAGUACCUCCAAGGAGGAGGAAUUAUUGCACAUGGGAUGAUGAGAUGGAUGAGGCAUUGCUUGAAGUCCUUGUUGAGCAUCACAACAAGGGUGACCAUGCCCAGAAUGGAUGGAAACCACAUGUGUACACGCAUGCCAUAAGGCAUGUGAAGGACAAGUGUAAUAAGGAUAUCACAAAGGAUAACAUAAGUGGAAGGAUGAGGACUUUGGAUCAUCACUAUGAGGUCGUUAGCAAGAUCCUUUCUCAAAGUGGUUUUGGCUGGGAUUGGACCAAUAAUAGGCCCAAUGGAUAG